UACACGUUCUCUUCCAGAAGCUCUGGUCUCUUUCGUCUUGUGAUACCUAAAUCGGUAGAACAGACAACACGAAAGAUCACCAACAUGCGGCUGCUUCACACAUCUACGUUCCAAUUGAGCGAGUUCUUUGACGCAGAUAUACCUCCGUACGGGAUUUUGUCCCACACUUGGGUGCCCAACGAGUUCACAUUCAAAGACCUCUAGAGGAACGGAUACAGCGGGGGAAUCAUAAAGCUUGACGGCAUGUGUCACGUGGCUCGCCAACAGGAACUAGAGUGGAUCUGGAUCGACACUUGUUGCAUUGACAAGAGCAGCAGCGCUGAACUAUCCGAGGCCAUCAACUCUAUGUUUGAAUGGUACAAGCGGGCAGCAGCGUGCUACGUGUACCUCUACGACGUUUCCUCCAAUGGCAAGCUUGCGUACAAAGCCUUAUCCUUUGCCAGCAGUCGAUGGUUCAUCCGCGGUUGGACGUUGCAGGAGUUGCUAGCAGCGUCCAAGGUGUAUUUCUACGACCAGUGUUGGAAUUGCGUCCAUCAAAUCUGGAAGGCUGAUGAGGAAGAUGUCUAUCCAUUGCAGACACACCCGGAGGAGAUACAACAGGGAACCUCGAAGUCCGAUGAAGAGAGACCCCGUCACUUAAGUUUCGGGGCAAUGGGUCCAACCCAGCAGAGGCCCGAGUUCAACCGCGAGGGGACCUUCGACAUGAGUUCAAACGAUUUCAUCCGGGUUCUAAGCGAUAUAACGACCAUAGAUAUCGCUGCACUCUCCACACAAUUCGACGUUGUACAUCAAAACUUCUCCGUGGCAAAGAAGAUGAGUUGGGCUGCGAAGAGGGAGACCACACGCUUGGAAGAUAAAGCCUACUCCCUCAUGGGCCUCUUCAAUGUCAAUAUGCCGUUGCUUUACGGGGAAGAAGAGAAGGCUUUCUUUAGGCUCCAGGAAGAAAUCAUCAAAAAGUCUGACGACGAAUCAAAUUUUUUCUUGGGGUUUCGGGGAGCCCACUCGGUUUGUGGGCGGAUUGUUCGCCAGGUCUCCCGCCGGUUUCUUAGGGUGUCGAAACAUCACAAAGGGUGAGACGGACAAUAGCCCUCACUACUACUUAACAAAUAAAGGUCUUCAUAUCCAGACCCGAAUCACGAAUA